AUGGUGACCUUUUCCGGAAACAAGGCCCACAAUGCCGCCGAAGGGAACCUCCUCACUCCUCUAGCCGUCGUUGGGAUGUCGCUAAAAUUCCCAGAAGAUGCGACAUCCCCGGAAGCGUUUUGGAAAAUGUUGGUUGAAGGCCGAUGUGUCUCUACGGAGUUUCCCAGUAAUAGAAUGAAUAUCGAUGCCCAUCACGACGCUGAACGAGGCCGACUUCACAACGUCACAUGCCGAGGAGCACACUUCGUGAAGGAGGACCUUAGUCUUUUUGACGCCCCCUUCUUUGGGAUCACUGAUGCCGAUGCGAAGGCUAUGGAUCCUCAACAGCGCCUUGCGUUAGAGACAGUUUACCGUGCGCUAGAGAAUGCCGGGCUUCCGAUCGAGCAGGUUGCAGGCUCCAAGACCAGCGUCUUCGCAGGCUCCUUUUGUAGCGAUUACCAUAUGCUGCAGAUCAAGGAUCCGCUCAAUGCGCCUAAGAAUGCCACGGCAGGAACUGGUCGGAAUAUGAUUGCGAAUCGCAUCAGCUGGUUCUACGACUUCUUAGGUCCUAGCGCGACUGUGGAUACCGCCUGCUCAAGCAGUCUGAUGGCGGUGGACCUGGCCUGUCAAUCUAUAUGGGGCGGAGAUGCUGCAAUGGGCGUCGCUAUUGGCUGUAAUAUAAUCCUGGCUCCAGAGAUGACCAUUGGCCUGGACAAUCUUGGGUUGUUAUCGAGAGAUAGCCACUCUUAUAGCUUCGAUAGGAGAGCCAAUGGAUAUGCGAGAGGAGAAGGUGUCGGUGCUGUGGUCAUCAAGCGGCUUGAUGACGCUAUAGCCGAUGGAGACACCGUGAGGGCUGUCAUUCGAUCGUCCAGCUCAAAUCAGGAUGGGAAGACGCCUGGAAUUCUGCAGCCGAGCAAGGACGCGCAGGUUCGUUUGAUCCGGGAUACCUAUCAAAAGGCUGGCCUGGACAUGGGGGUCACUAGAUAUUUUGAAGCACAUGGAACGGGAACACCCAUCGGAGACCCGAUCGAGGCUCGAGCUAUUGGCACGGCAUUUCGCCCAUAUCGGUUAGAGGAAACGCCCCUAUAUGUUGGUUCUGUGAAAUCCAACAUCGGCCAUUUGGAGGGGGCAAGCGGAAUUGCUGGUUUUAUAAAAGCAGUCCUUGUGUUAGAGAAAGGUGUUAUUCCACCGAAUAGCAGCAAUCUGCAGAACACAAACCCCCAGAUUGAUGAAGAUUAUCUGAGGCUGAAUAUAGUAAAAACCGCCAUUGUCUGGCCUACUACUGGACUACGACGAGCAUCCGUGAGCUCAUUCGGCUUUGGUGGUGCCAAUAGCCAUAUCGUGCUUGACGAUGCUUACAAUUCCCUCCGACUGAGUGGCUCCGAGAGUGUUGGCCACCAGACUGUAAUAGUGCCUGCACUGGGGCAGAUCAAUGGUAUACGACAAUUAAAUGGUCACCACAGUACUAAUUGUGAAGACAAGUUUAACGACCCCAAAAUUGCCUGCAAAACAAUUCCGAAGCUGCUCGUCUGGUCAGCCACAGACCAAGCAGGCAUAAAACGUCUUGCAGAGAGCUGGAGCACGUAUCUCGCGAGUUUAUCAGUUGAGGAGCCAGAAGAGUACCUGAGGGAUUUAGCACAUACCUUAUGUGGCAGGCGAAGCCACUGGGCCUGGAGGGCGUUCGUUGUUGCUAAACCAGGGGUACUUCUACAAGAUCUGACCAACCAGUUUUCCCCCGCUACCCAAAGCGUUGAUUCGCCACACCUUGCAUUCGUCUUCACUGGCCAAGGCGCUCAAUGGCACGCAAUGGGCCGUGAGCUUAUAGGCCAUUACGAAGUUUUCACAAGGAGCCUUACCGAAUUGAGCGCGUAUCUCAAAGAGCUUGGAUGUUCUUGGGAUAUUUUGGAGGAACUACAGAAACCAGGGCUGGAUUCGAAUGUGAAUGAUCCAGCUUAUGGUCAGCCACUAUGCACAGCACUACAAAUUGCAUUGGUAGAUCUUCUUGAAAGCUGGGGUAUUUCACCUGCUGCAGUGGUUGGCCACUCCUCUGGUGAGAUUGCCGCCGCAUACUCUUCUGGAGCGUUAACGAAAUGGUCUGCGCUAAAGGUUGCAUACUUCAGAGGUUCUCUAGCAGGAGUCCUAGGAAGAUCUAGCAGCAUGAAAGGAGCUAUGCUUGCUGUAGGUCUGUCUAAGGAGAACGCGCAGAAGUACCUGGGCACACUUGAGUCCCAGUCUGAUGGUCCGCAAGUUGUUAUCGCUUGCGUCAAUAGUCCUCAGAGUGUCACAUUAUCCGGGAAACUGGAGCAGAUUGACGCACUGCAUGGCCUGCUAAAUCGGGACGGCGUAUUUUCACGCAAGCUGGCGGUCAACGUCGCUUACCACUCGUUCCAGAUGCGGGAGAUUUCUGAUGCAUAUUUAACUGCCCUUGGGGGCCUGGAGGCACCGCGCAAUAGAAAGCGAAGGCGGCCAUUUAUGGUGUCCUCCGUCACUGGGACAUUGAUCUCAAGCGAGCGGCUAAUGGAACCGGAGUAUUGGGUCAAUAACAUGAUAUCACCGGUGCUGUUCCAUGAUGCAGUAAGCUAUCUAUGCUCCCAAUCUGGUGAGAAGUACAAGAAAAUCGAUGGAAGCCACCGCCAUGCUGUCAAGAUUGAUCACCUCCUAGAAAUUGGGCCACAUUGUGCACUGCAGGGGCCGUGUCGGGAUAUUGUCAGCGUCCUGGGAAAGAGCGACAAAGUUUCAUACGUCCCUUUCCUGGUACGCAACCGUUCUGCUCUGGAAUGCGCCAUGGAAGCUGCAGGUCGCCUCCACUGCAGUGGAUAUCCGAUCAAAUUGACAGCGGUCAACGGAGAUGGCGAUGCGAAGGCUCGACGAAGACCGCGUGUCCUGGUUGAUCUGCCCGAAUAUCCCUUCAAUCACUCUACAUCUUACUGGCAUGAAUCCCGAUUGAGCGAGGGAUACAGAUUCCGUCGAUAUGGCUACCUAGAGCUUCUCGGUGCCCCGGAGCCUAAUGGAAAUCCAAUGGAGGCCACCUGGAGGAACAUCAUCCGCGUUUCGGAGAUCCCCUGGGUGCAAGAUCAUAAGAUCAAUAGCACUAUUCUAUAUUCAGGUGCCGGUAUGCUGGUCAUGGCCAUCGAAGCCAUCAAACAACUGGCUGAUCCGGACCGACUCCUUACUGGCUUCAAUAUACGGGAUGCCGUAUUCUCAACUGCCCUACAGAUCCCUACGCACGCAGAAGGAAUCGAAGUCAAUGUUCACCUCAAACGCACGAAAGAGGAAAGGUCUGACGCCACCGGAUGGUUUGAAUGGCGCAUAUAUGCAUACGACAAUGGGAACUGGGUGGAAAACAGCACAGGGUCUAUCCAAGCUCUGUAUGAGAGCCGAAACACAAGCUUUGAUGCUGACGUUAGGGAAGAAAGAGAAUGGGAAAGUCAUCUUCUUGAGACCUACAACAGUGCGGUACGCUCAUGUACUUCGACUGUUGAUGCAAAGUCAUUCUAUAAGCAUCUCAACAGCUGUGGAUAUCAGUACGGGCCUGAAUUUGCCGCGAUUCAAAGUCUCGGUUACAGUGAGUCGGACUGCAAGGCGCUCGUCACAGACAUCCGGACAUUCCAGCCUACCGGCGUUUACCCGACUCAUACUAUACAUCCUACAACACUGGACGCCAUCAUUCAGAUGGCAGCUGGGCUGGAAUCAACCAUGGGCCAGAGUGCGACCAAUGUGGCUGUACCUGUGCGGAUUGACCGGCUCUGGUUGACCAACUCAGGUGGUCUCAGCCAUCCAUUCGCAGAUGCUGUCAGGGUUUGUGCUACUUUCAGUCAAUCUGUUGUAGGAUAUAAAAGUUACUCGAUGACAGCAGUAGACGUGGAAGUCUCUAAAGCACUACUGAAUCUUGAAGGCUUAAAGGUGACGACCAUUGCCGGCGGAGGGACAACCCCUGUCUCGGACCAAUUCAUGACGGACAACCUAUGCCACUACAUAGCACAUAAACCUGACAUUGACCUCUUGACACGGGAAGAGGCCCAGAGCCUUUAUGGGGUCCACGAAUCGCAGGUCAAAGAGCCAGUGGAGUACUACACUGAGCUUGAUUUUCUUGCAGCAACCUGCGUGAGCAGGUAUGCAGCCUCGUUCCGCGAAGAGGAAAGAAACAACAUGCCACCUCACUUGAACAAAUACAUUGACUGGGCCCUCGAAGUCAAAAGAACACUUGAUCAGGGUUUUCGAAUUCAGCUCCAAGCAAUGGUUAGAUCGCAUGCAUGA